AUGAAGAAGUUGGAGGAUCAGGCUGAGGCUGCUAUCAAAGCCCAGACUGAGGCCAAAGAGAAGGCCGAUUCUGCCGAGGCCAUAAAGAAGGUUGCUGAGUCCCAGAGAAAAGAGGCCAAAGAGAAAAUGGCCCAGGCCGAAAAGGAGCUUCAAGAGGCCCUGGCUACUAAAGACGCCGAAAUCAAAGAAGCUGAUGAAAAGACGAAUGCCGAUGAUAUUCCUCUUCCAUUCCCUCCACCUCAUCCACCAGCUCAGUCCGAUGAAGAUUCAGAAUCUGAAGAUGAGGAAGAGGAUGAUGCCUUGGUGAGAAAAGUAAAGGAGGCUACUGCGUCCAAGUCCCCUCCCCAAAAUGAGCAAGUCCUAGACUUAACUCAUGACGAGGAGGUUGAGGAGGUUCCCAAGGAUGUGAUUCCUCUAAAGGUAUCAUCGGAUUCACUUCUUGCUGAUAAGAGUAUUGAUGAGACCCUUGCCCAAAUUGAUGCCGAGAUCGCGGUGGAGAAGGCGGCCGAGGUAUCUUCUCAGCAGUCCUCUGACGUCCAAUCCCAGCCUGCUGCCGAUGUUGGGGAAUCUUAG